ACCCGUCGAUUAGUAUAUCAAAUUGUCCUUUUUGACAUAUAAUAAUAAUGUAUACAGGGUGACUCGCGUCUAGAAAUUAUAAAAUAUUUUGGCUCCUUGGCUUCCACAAGGUCAAAGUUGUGACAGUUCUAUGAGAAUAAAAUGCCGCGAAAUUCAAAUAUGUUUAAUAAGGUUAUGUUUCAACUGUUGACAUUAUUUGAAAUAUUGAUGUAAUAUUUGUGCUGAUUAAAUUUGUAUGUAUUAUUAGUAAAUAAUAUUUGUGCUGAAUUAAUGUUACAAGACAUUCAUAAUAUAAAUUGCUGUCAGAGUAAUCUAGUAGAUGUUCUUAAACUAUAUAAGGCAUACAAUAUUUUGAGAUUAUUAUUUACUAUAAAUCUACAUAUUAUUUUAAAACUAUUUCGGCUAAAAUAGGAAUAUAUAAUGGAACAUAUAUGCACGGAGUGUACGCUCACAUUCUCAAAACAUUCUAAUUUAAGAAGUCACCUGAAAACGUUUCAUCCUGGUAAGUUGUUUUUGAUUAAUAACAAUCCACUGGAUAUCUAUGCAAUCUACAAACUUGAUGACUUCUCGUUGUUAUAUCUACAAUUUGAUGAUUCCUAAUUCGUGUAAUUUUAGAUAAACUGGACAUAAUUGCACCCAACAAAACAUUUAAGUCUAUUGUACUUUGUAACAAAUGUCCCAAAAAGUUCUCUAAAUAUUCCAAUUUAAAAAGGCAUGUCACUAAGUUUCAUCCAGAAAAUAUCAACGAGCUGACUUCAUCUAAGAUUUGCCCAUAUCAAUGCAGUGAAUGCCAGAAAAAGUUUUCACAUUUACAAAAUCUUAGAAAACAUAAAAAAAUUCAUGCAAAGGACAGUGAUAUUGGAAAAAAGCAACAAAACUUCAAGUGCAGUUUGUGUAACUACGAAAAUUCUAUAAAAUCCAAUUUAAUUCUUCAUUUCGAAGAAUAUCAUGCCAUUAAAAUAGAGCAACAAGAUCUUCACUUUUCUAGUGAACUAGAAUUUCAAAAAUGGAAAACUGACAUGGAAAAAAAGAAUUUUCUUCAUAUGUCACAUACAGUCAUCCAUAUACGACUGCAGAGGGCAUUAAGAAACAGAAUUAUAUUUGCCAUCGUUCAGGUUUUUAUGUGAAAAAGGGUAAGGAUAUGCGAUAUUUAAAAACCAAAGGAAGCAGAAAAAUUAAUGGAAUAUGUCCUUCUCGAUUGAAAGUUUGUAUUUUACCAGAAAAUGGCAAUGUUAAAAUUAAUUUUAUACAAACUCACAUUGGUCAUGACAAUGACUUGGGUCAUUUGAAUAUUACUAAAAAUGAAAAAAUAGAAGUAGCUAGUAAAAUUGCUUCGAAAAUUCCUCUUGUUUCCAUAUUAGAUGAGAUUAGAGAUUCUGUAACUAAUAAUAAGUUGGAAAGGAUGCAUAUCUUAACAAGAAAAGAUCUUCAUAAUAUAUCACAAACUUUUAAUUUAAAUUCUGAUGGAAUUCGCCAUAAAAAUGAAGUUAUAAGUAUUGAAUCCUGGAUUGAAGAAGCCAAGAAUAGUGGAAUAAUUUUAUAUUACAAGCCACAAGGGGCUUUAUGUAAUGAUUUUCCUUGUUUAAAAAAUGAAGAUUUUCUGUUAAUUGUUAUGCAUCCUGGUCAACUGGAAGUGUUAGACAAAUACUCAGAAGAUGUAAUUUGUAUCGACGGAACACAUGGACUUAAUGCUCAUGAUUUUGAACUUACUACAUUGUUAAUAUUGGAUGAUAUGAGGGAGGGAUUUCCUUGUUGUUUUAUGAUUGGAAAUCGGUCUGAUGAGGAAAUAAUGACUAUUUUUUUCAUGAAGAUAAAAGAAAAUUUAGGAAGAGUAAUCAAACCCAUGGUUUUCAUGUCAGACAUGGCCCAAUAUUACUAUAAUGCAUGGCUCCAAAUUAUGACUCCAGCUAAAUUCAGGCUAUUCUGUUCCUGGCACGUAGAUAAAUCGUGGCGGAAAAAUCUAAAUAAAAUUGAUGGUCAAGAGCAAAAGGUUAUCGUAUACAAACAGCUACGUACCUUAUUACAAGAGACUGAUGUUACUUCAUUUAGGGAUAUGAUACAAAAUUUUCAAAUUUCUCUUCUAUCUUCUGGUAAUACCCAAGAAUUUGGUCAAUAUUUUCAAAAAUGUUAUCUGCACAAUAUGGAAUCCUGGGCAUACUGUUAUCGCUUGCAUGCAGGAAUAAAUACAAAUAUGAGCAUAGAACGAAUGCAUCAAACGAUUAAAUAUUUGUAUUUAAAUGGAAGACAAGUACGAAGGCUGGAUAAAACUAUCAAUAUCUUGAUUAAAUUAAUUAAAGACAAAUUGUUUGAACGGCUUAUUACGUUGAAUAAAGGUAAAAUAUCCAGCAAAUUACGAGAGUUACGGAAAAGGCACAAAACAAGUCUUAAUUUAGAUAUGGACACCAUUGUCAUGUCUGAAAUGGGCUGGGAGAUACCAUCAAGUUCAACCAAUGAUAUCUAUUUAGUUCAGAAAAACAAACCCAGUUGUGACUGCCGAUUAGUCUGUGAUUUGUGCCAAUCCUGUCUACAUUCAUAUUCCUGCACAUGCUUGGAUAACAGUAUAAGAUGGAAUAUGUGCAAACACAUACAUCUUGUGUGUCAAUUUAUGAAAGGCCAUCAAAUUCAAGAUACUAAUGCAGAUGAAGAACAUAUAAUAAAUACAGAUGAGGUAAAAAUUAAACAAGCUACAGAGCAAGCUAAAUUUGUGGAAUUUGUGAGUAAGUCUUGUAAUAUCAAUCAAGAAAAAACGUCCAAACAACUGGAAGUUGAAAAACAGAAAUUGAUAGAAAUACAAACCCAAAUAAUUCAAAAUAUAACAACUUUUGAACAACUUGAGGCAUUUAAAAGUAUUACAGCACCCUUGGUGCCUACAUUAAGGACAUUAGCAGAACAUUCUGGAAAUGAACUUAAUAUUGUGGCACUAUCUCAUGGAACACAAAACAUUCCACACAAUAAAAAAGUAGUUGCUCAAAAACGUUUAUUUUCCACCAAGAAAAAAACUACAAAGUCAAAAAAAAGCUGUUAUCAAAACCUGAUGCUGAAGAAACAAAUUUGAUAGCAAAUCAAUUAAUGCUACAAGUAAAUAAUGUGCUCUUUAAUUAGAAUAAAAUCUUUAUUUGUAUACAUUAUUAAUUUGUUUGAUUUUCUCACCUAUUCUAAUUCAUUUUUUUUUAAUUCAUAUUGAAAAUAUUGUAGGCAUUAAUACUUUAAAAACAUUUACUAACGUACCUACUCUGAAAGCAAUUUAUGAUAUUAUGUCUGUCUUGUAACAUUAAUUCGUAAUUUCAUCAGCACCAAUAAUAUUUAUUAAUACAUAAUAUAAUAAUUUCAAAUUCACAAUAAAAAUAAAACAUAACCUUAUAUUUUUAUUUGACAUUUCAAUCGAAUGACCUUGAGAAAGCCAAGGAGCAAAAUUAUUUUAUAAUUUCUAGACGCG